AUGCCUCCGGGACGCUCUGUCAGACAGCGAGUCGCUACCAAUGAGAACGACGAAAAUGCAACUGCAAAUGCUACGCGUAUGACGCGUGCAAAGGCCGCGGCUCUUGAUCUCGAUGUCACAUCUCAGCCGGCCAAACAGGCCCUUCAGUCCAAGAAAUCCGCAGUUAACGCGAAUCCUACCGCUCAAAGAAAGCGCGCCGCCCUUGGUGAUGUCAGCAACGUUGGAAAAGGGGAGGCCGCUGAAGGCAAGAAAACUGCUAGCAAAGUUGGUCUAGUCUCUAAGGCCGCACAACCUACGGGAAUUCAGAAGACCACUGCCCGUGCCACUUCAACUCGAUCUGCUUUGGCCGCCAAGGAGGCGAAAAAGCCCGAGGUGAAGCGAGCAGGAUCCGGUUCCGGUGCCCUUGGUACGACCCACAAGAGAAAAGUCACGUCAACAACAAUCAAGCAAGACGUCCUCUUAGAAGAGCCGGUUCGCAAGAAGGCCAACACAGUGAGCAACGAACCCGCGAAGCUCGAACGCUCGGAAACCAAGUCAUCCAAGUCGGAAAUCGCAGCCGAGAAGGCCGUUGAGAAAGAAGAUGCUUCCUCCAAGGAGGAAGCUGGUUUUGUGCUCCCCGAAGGUGUUAAGGAUUUGGAAGAAGAAGGUCUAGAUGACCCUGUGAUGGUGGCUGAAUAUGCCCAUGAGAUCUUCGAAUACCUCAAGGACCUCGAAUCCAAGUCGGUACCCAAUCCUGAUUACAUAAGACACCAGGACGAGCUGGAGUGGAAGACGCGAAGUAUUCUUGUCGACUGGAUGAUCGAAGUUCAUACCCGAUUUCAUCUCCUUCCCGAGACUCUCUUCCUCGCUAUUAACAUUAUCGAUCGAUUCUUGUCUCAGAAGGUUGUCCAACUAGACCGCGUUCAACUUGUCGGUAUUACAGCCAUGUUUAUUGCAGCCAAGUACGAGGAGGUGUUGUCCCCUCAUGUCAGCAACUAUAGAAUGGUAUCCGAUGACGGUUUCAGUGAUGCCGAGAUCCUUAGUGCAGAGCGGUUUAUCUUAGAGACAUUGAACUACGACUUAAGUUAUCCGAACCCCAUGAACUUUCUCCGACGAAUCUCAAAGGCAGAUGAUUACGAUAUUCAAUGUCGAACUAUUGGAAAGUUCUUGAUGGAGAUCAGUGUCGUCGACUACCGAUUCCUAGCAUACCGACCUAGCCAUGUUGCUGCUGGUGCCAUGUAUCUUGCUCGAAUGAUACUCGACCGUGGUGAAUGGGACCCCACCAUCGCCUACUACGCCGGAUACACGGAAGAAGAGAUAGAACCCGUGUUUGAGCUUAUGGUCGAUUAUCUGGCUCGUCCCAUUUGCCACGAAGCCUUCUACAAGAAGUAUGCUAGCAAGAAGUUUAUGAAAGCUUCGUUGAUUACGCGCCAAUGGGCCAGGAAGAACGCGCCUAUUUUUGGUAUCACGGACACAAAAUUAUCUGUGGACGACCUUUCGUCGCUGGAGCCGGAUUAUUAA